AUGGCCGUUAAUGUCGCGAAGGCGGCGCCGAAAAGCGCGCGCGACGACGAAGACGCGGGCGUCGUCGGAGAUGGCGCGAAUAGUAAAAAGGCGACGUAUUGCGUGGAGCACUACGACAUGGACGUCAAGUACGAAGGUUUAAUCAUCGGUCCGGGAGGCGCUACGAUUCGUAAGCUGCAGCAGGACAUCGGGACGUCCAUCGAGGUCGUACGUGGCGAAGGGAAAUUACAAAUUAAAGGAUCCAGAGAGAAAAUUGAGUACGCGCGGAAGAUGCUCGAUGAAUUCUUCGAGCAAAAAGGAUCGAAGACUGUCAAGGUGAAGUGCAAGGCACGAUCGGGUCUGAUCAUAGGUAACGCUGGACAAACGAUCAAAGCCCUUAAGGAGCAAACUGGCUGUCGUAUAGAAGUCAUGCGAGACGUCGAAGAGUGCGUCAUCACGGGCCCGGGCGAUCGCGUCAAAGUGGCGCAAGCCAUCGUGGAGAAAAUGAUUGCGGAUUCCUGGGAAGAAGGUGCCGAUGGCGAUAUUACCAUCGUCGAGGAAGUGAUUCCGUGCGCGUACAAGGCUGGCGCUAUCAUCGGUCCAAGCGGUGGGACGAUUCGGCACAUUCGCGAAACGACUGGAGUGGCGAUUGACAUCGAGCGCGGCGCGGACGGUUGCAAAGCGAGCGAUCAGUGCCGCAUAAUCGGCACGCCGGCGCAAGUUAAAAAAGCUGUCGAAAUUGUUCAUCAACUCUUGAAGGAGAUGAACCAAGCGCAGUUGCAAGCCGCUCCAGUGGUACCGCCAAUGUAUGCGUACGGAUACGGAACGAUGCCCAACGCAUACGCCGCCGUUCCGGGAAUCCCAGUCAAUUCAUCGCAGAUGCAGCAGAUAGAUCCGCAGACUGCCGCGUAUUACGCGCAAUGGCAGGCGUACUAUGCGGCUCAGCAAAAUACUGUGAUGCCUCCGCACCCACCAGCCGAUGGGUGACGGCUUGAUGAGACUGAAUGCGACUAGUUGCAUGAGACUCGAUCGAUGGCUCAACGACUUAGUGGAAAGCGACGCGAUUUGA